UUAUAUCACCUAUUUUUAUUAUUCUGUUUAUACAGUAAUGUUAACUGUUCACUUGCACUUUCAAAACAACAACCACAACUUUGAAAUAUCAAAAUACCUGUACAUAGUUCCCAUGUGUAUAUGAAAUCUUUGUACUAUAUCAUUAUUUUUAACAUUCAUCUUUGAAAUUCCAAAGAUCACAUUACCAAACCGAUACUAGAUAGUAUCUACUGUGCAUGGUAGUGUACAUGGAAAUAUGUGCGUGCCAAAUUAUGAUAUUUUGUAUUUAAUGGAGUCUGACAAUAAUUUAAACGGUAAUAAUUUUUAACUGUAAUGUAUAAAAAAAAUUGGCUAAUGAGGGGAUUGUUAAUGUCAACAAAUUAAAGGAACAAAUAAGUGUUACAGGCGGAUAAAGUUUUAAAAGCCUUUUUUGUUUGUGAGGAAUUCAAUAGUUUUAACAUAAAGGUCUCAUUCCUUUAAGAAAACAGAAAAUAACUUACCAGAAAAUUUGCAUCUACUUUGUGUAUAUGACAAUUGUCUAAUAAUAUCAAUAAACUUAACGAUUUUAAAAUGUUUUUAUUUCUUUGUUAGAGUUGCGUGAAAAGUGUGGAAACCAAAUAACCUGCGUUAGAAUUGUGCACUGUACCUUUAAGAUUUGCGACAUGUCGUAAAUACCCACUGUCGUAAAUAAUCACAUGGAGACAUCAUGGAUGCUCCUGAGUUAGCUCUAUAUUAUUUUACUUUUAGUCAUGUCUUCAGCUAGAUUGUGAACAAUUGUUGAUUGUUGAAAAACAGGAAACGCUUUCCUGAAAAUAAGCGACAACUCAUAGCUCAGCUGACAGCUCAUUCCGGUUGUUUAACCACAGCAGCUCUGUGAGUGUGUUUCUGUGAGUGUGUUUCUGUGAGUGUGUGUUUCUGUGAGUGUGUGUUUAUGUGUGUGUGUGUGUGUGUGUGUGUAAGCGAGUACCUGCUCACAGUGUGCAGUCUGCAUCAUGUUCGUGUUGGUGGAGAUGGUCGACACUGUCAGGAUCCCUCCGUGGAACUUCCAGAGACAGCUCAACGAGGCCAUAGCCGAGGAGCUCAACAAGAAACUGGCCAACAAGGUGGUCUACAACGUUGGCCUGUGCAUCUGCUUGUACGACAUCACUAAACUGGACGACUCCUAUAUAUUCCCGGGGGACGGAGCCUCACACACCAUAGUUCAUUUCAGGUACGUUGUUUUUCACCCUUUUCUCGAUGAGAUCCUGCUCGGCAAGAUCAAGUACUGCAGUCAAGAGGGAGUUCAUGUGACGAUGGGCUUCUUUGAUGACAUUCUCAUUCCACCAGAGUCCCUUCAACAGCCCGCAAAAUUUGAUGAAGCAGAGCAAGUUUGGCUCUGGGAAUAUGAGACGGACGAGGGCGCCCAUGACCUCUACAUGGACCAGGGAGAGGACAUCCGUUUUCGGGUGACAGAUGAAAUUUUUGUGGACACGUCACCAACGGGCCCGGCCACUGCAGACUUACCAGCACAACCGCCGACGGUGCCGCCGCCAGCAGAAGAGAUCGUGGAGAAGAAAGAGGCACCGUACACGCUGAUUGGGACCAUCUGUGACCCAGGGCUGGGGCUGCUGUCAUGGUGGAACAGUUAGCACCACGGAGGAAGAAGAGGACAUUCGGUGGUUUACGAACAGAUCGACCAUCAUGACUGACCGGAGAGGCGAGGAGCGGUCAGCUGGAGACACAGAACCCAGUAGUUUGGGUACAGAAGUCAAGACUCAAAGUCGAGCUGCUCUCUGAAACAAGAUACUGUUAGUGGAAAGACACUGAUGUCACAUUGUGAUUGUGUUGUAAAUAAUAUACCAAUUUCAUGUUUACAUGUAAACUUUACUAUAGAUUUAAAAAUAGAAUGAUUCAACGGACAUUUACUUUUAUUUGGUCUAUUUCAUGAGAUUUUGACCCCUAAUUGAAAAGAAAACAAGAAUGAAGUCAUUCAUUAUUUGAAUCAUAAUGUCGUCACUACUUUAGUAUGAUUGUUGGACAGACACAGGUCACAAGAUCUGACUUCAAUGGCUCAAAUUAGGUGCUGUUAAACACUGAACAGCAUUUGUCAGGGAUGAAUACAUGUGCCUAAUGGUGGGAGAAGCUACGGAAAUAAGGCUGAGUGAUAUUUCUGUUGGUAGGAGUUAGGCCCACAGUACAAUUUAUAACACAUUUGUAUCAUCAAGAUCCAGAAAAUGAUAACUUUGCAGCAAUAAAAAAUGUUUAAAUGUCGAGCUUAAAAUAUUUACUUUUCAUUUGAUUUGAAAAAGUCUACUACCUCUUUUUGUGCACACAUCGCCAGUUUAUUCAACAGCCUUCUGGCAUUUUGUGUUUCUGUUUUGUCUCACAGUAAAAUGGCGUAUCAUCAACGUGA